CUGACUCAGACAUGUGGCAAAUGUUUGCGUGUCACAAUACAAAUGGUUGGCUACUGUGCUGACAGUUAGAAGAUUUUCCAUAAGGAUACAUUUCAAAGAUGGGGGUUUUAAAGUUUGUGACGUACAUGAUGUUUCUCUUCAAUGUUCUUAUAUUUAUCGGAGGGGUCUGCCUUUUAGCAGUUGGCAUUUGGCUUGUUGCUGAUCCAGAUGGGUUUCAGAGAGUUGUCAUCUCUAAUCCAUUACUGAGUGCAGGGGGAUACAUUUUGCUGAUUAUAGGUAUUGCUCUCUCAUUGCUUGGAUUCCUGGGAUGCUUUGGAGCCAUUCGAAAAAACAAAACCCUGCUCUUACUGUUCUUUGUGCUGGUUUUACUCUUCUUUAUUAUGGAACUUACUGGAGUUAUUCUUGCACUGAGCUACCAGAAAACGGUCAAGCAAGAACAAUUCCUGGUGGAACUGCAAAGAUUUUACAAAGGGGAUAAUGCUUCCGAAGUCUUCAGUCAGUCCUGGAACACCAUCAUGAUAGCACUUUCGUGUUGUGGUAUUUCUGGGUUGAAUGAUUUUGGUAACAGAUCCCAUUUUCAUGAGAUGUAUCCUUCCACUCCAUGGCCUGAUGCAUGCUGCCGACGUGAUAAUCCUGUCUCUGGAAAAAUCCUAGACAGAGAAAAAUGUAUGCAAAAUACACCAGACUUCACCAAUGAUCAGGGUUGUUUUAUGACAAUUGCCAGAGGAUUAAAGAAAUAUAUUUCAAUCUCAGGAGCAAUUUCUUCAGGUGUUUUAGUAACUGAGGUAUUUGCUAUGUUUUCUGCAAUUUGCCUUUAUUACAACUUUGAUUAGAGGAGCUGUCUCAAUUAAGAAGCAGCAACAAAUCCUGCUUGGAAGAAAAAGACAGUCUGCUUAUACAGUAAUAAUAUACAGUAAUAUUCCCAGGACUGUGGCACAGGGCGGGUGUUCUGACAUGCUUUUAUAAUCCUACCGUAUAAACUGUGAUGAUAAGUGCCCAGAAGAAGGCAUUGCCAUUAGCAAACAGUUUCAGGCAACUAGUGGAUAUUCCUGUCCCGUACAACUUAAGCGCUGUCAUAAAAAAUAAAAUUUGUAUUUGUGCCUGAAAUCAAUGUGUAAUGUUUGGUAAGGUAGAACUGGGGACAAUACUGAUUUACUUACAUUUUAAUAAACAUUAUGAUCCUAGGAAAUGUAUUUGAACCCAGUUUUAA